AUGGCAAUUUCUUGCAAUUUCUACACAUGCAUAUCUGUUAUAAACGUUGUGUGCUUCUGCGCCUCCUCUACAGAUUGGCCCAAGGACUGUGGGCUUUCCCACUUUAAGCCCAACACUGCACAGAGGAUUGUAUCGGGCAAUGAAGCACGACCUCACUCUUGGCCAUGGCAGGUCUCACUGCAGGUUCGUCCUCGAGGAAGUAAGAGAUACAUCCAUGUGUGUGGGGGAACGCUGAUCCACAAAAACUGGGUUCUCACUGCAGCUCACUGCUUUCAGAAGGGGAAAGCGGAGGAUGCUGGGAGCUGGCGAAUUGUCCUGGGGAAGCACCGCCUGAAGCAGUCCGAAACAACCGAGCGGGUCUUUCCCGUUCGGAGGAUCUACCGUCAUGAGCGAUUCCGCUACCCGGCGCACAGCGAGCUGGACUACGACAUCGCCCUGGUCAAAGCCGGCCGCGACAUCCCGCCCAGCCACUUCAUCCGGUACGCCUGCCUGCCGCGCAAGGGGAGUCUCCUCCAACCGGGACACUACUGCUGGGUGACAGGCUGGGGCGACACCCGAGGGGGAAAGGAGAACGUGUCUCUGGCUGAGACUCUCAAUCAAGCUCGCCUGCCCAUCAUCGACUUCAGGACCUGCCGGCAGAAGAAGUUCUGGGGUGACCGAGUGCGAGACUCCAUGAUUUGUGCGGGAUUCCAGGACACUGAGGGGCCACCGGCUGCGUGCCAGGGAGACUCUGGGGGUCCCCUCCUGUGCCAGGUGGGCCGAGACCACUGGGAGGUGCAUGGGGUGGUGAGUUUUGGACCCAUCGGCUGCACCGUUGAGAACAAACCCAGUGUCUUUACCCGCACUUUGGCCUACCUACCCUGGAUUGAAGCAACGAGAAUCAGGGAUUUCUUCCUGCACUGAUCUCCGAGCUAGAGCCCAGCCAGCACUCAGCUGUCAGAGCCAGGAUUUCUCCUUUGAGACUAUUAUCUCCUGGAUUUCCCUGCUCCAAACAGGGUGUGUUCUCAACUGCAACAAUUUCCAAUACACAUAGGCCUGUCCUGCCAAAGCAUAUGGGCUCCAGAUCCUUUUUUUCUGGAACCUACUGACAGACUCUGUUGAAAUCAACCCAGGUGUUUGGCUUUGACCGGGUCUUGGCAGCUGUGGUUCUCUUCCAGUCUGUUCCAUGAGAUACGCCUGCAUGUGAAGGAAUCCCAAGCAAGCUGAGAUGAGAAAACUCCCUAAUUUUCACUAAUGUGAGGUCAGAAUGUAGGGAUAAAAUCAGGCAAUUAGGUGAUAGGUAGCCUUUCUCUUCUCAAGGAAGUGGAGAAGCUUAUAAACAUUUACAUAUUUUUUUUCAAACAUAUUUCACACAAAGGUUCAAUGUUCUCCCUGAUUACAACAAUUACAUAUUCCAUACAUCUAGGUGUUCCACCCUCCCCAGAACGUGAACGGUUUCAAGUUGCUGUACUUUUAACUGCGCUAAGUCACAUUGUCCAGGACAGCAACAAGACGUUCACAUACUUGCAGUAGGAAAGAGAAUCUGUUGGCUGUGUAGGCUGUGGCGAUCUUAAGUUUUAUGAAAAUAAAUGUGUUUCUUGA